AUGAGGACGGGUACACCGCAGAAGGAUGUUAUCAUUAAGUCAGAUGCACCUGACAGCCUGUUACUGGAGAAGCAUGCUGAUUAUAUUGCAUCCUAUGGCUCAAAGAAAGAUGAUUACGAAUAUUGCAUGUCUGAAUAUUUGAGAAUGAGUGGCAUCUAUUGGGGUCUGACCGUAAUGGAUCUCAUGGGACAACUACAUCGCAUGAAUAGAGAAGAAAUUCUGACGUUUAUUAAGUCUUGUCAGCAUGAGUGUGGUGGAAUAAGUGCUAGUAUUGGACACGAUCCUCAUCUUUUGUAUACUCUUAGUGCUGUUCAGAUACUUACUCUCUAUGAUAGUAUUAAUGUUAUUGACAUAAAUAAAGUUGUGGAAUAUGUUCAGAGUCUACAGAAAGAAGAUGGUUCUUUUGCUGGAGAUAUUUGGGGAGAAAUUGAUACAAGAUUCUCUUUUUGUGCAGUGGCAACUUUGGCACUAUUGGGGAAGUUGGAUGCUAUUAAUGUGGAAAAGGCAAUCGAAUUUGUUUUAUCAUGUAUGAACUUUGAUGGUGGAUUCGGUUGCAGACCAGGUUCUGAAUCCCAUGCUGGGCAGAUCUAUUGUUGCACAGGAUUCUUGGCUAUUACUAGUCAGUUGCACCAAGUAAAUUCUGAUUUACUCGGUUGGUGGCUUUGUGAACGACAGCUUCCAUCAGGCGGACUCAAUGGAAGGCCAGAGAAGUUACCAGAUGUAUGCUAUUCAUUGGGUGUUGGCUUCCCUAAAGAUAAUUGGAAGCUUCAUUGGAUUGAUAGAGAAAAGCUCCGCAGUUUCAUCCUAGCAUGUCAAGAUGAAGAAACAGGAGGAUUUGCAGAUAGGCCAGGAGAUAUGGUAGAUCCUUUCCAUACUCUGUUUGGAAUCGCUGGAUUGUCACUUUUGGGAGAAGAACAGAUUAAACCUGUUAGCCCUGUUUUUUGCAUGCCUGAAGAAGUACUUCGGAGAGUGAAUGUUCAGCCUGAACUAGUGAGCUAGAUUAGAUCCCUUGAUGGAGAAGUUGGUUAAUAUAGUUUUUAUUGUGUUUUAACAUUUCAGUAGUUGAAGUGCUUAAAAAACUUAACAAACUACUGUGUUAAUAUUUUGUACAUGAAUUGUGUUAAUUUUAAUAAAUUAUAAUUAUACAUAUUGUAAAUUAAGAUCUUUAUUGUAUCUCUCCUUCUGGAAUGCUGUUGUUACUCUGAUUUUUUUGUUUAUGCUUCAGUAUAUUUUUUUGUAUGUCUUCAUAACAGCAAACUUGAACUCUCUUUAGCUGAUGAAGUCUUGUGUUCUGAUUUUCCUGGGUACUCCCUUGAUAUGUUAUAUAUAACUAUAGUUAAUGUAGAUCGGUCUUUGUCAGUGAGAAUGUUACUGAUAAAGAGUUGAUGAACCACAUAGGAAUUGAAAGAUGAAAUAAAAAUAAAUGGCUAAAAUUUGGGAAUAUUUCAUGCUUGUGGUUAAUGAGUUGGGUACAGAGUGGGUUAGGUAAAUGAAGAGAAUUCACUAAGAGGAGGAUUGCAAUCUGGACUAACACUUUAUCACUUUUUAAUAUUUUAUGUCAGAAUGCCAAGGAAUUGUUGGCAUUUUUUUUCCUGCCCAGUAAGGAACUACAAGCUGAUACUUGCCACACUAAUCUUUGUGUUCUUGCAGAAAAAGUAUUUUAGUGAGCAUUUUUCUUG